AUUACUACACUGCCCUGCCCUGAGCCCUUCCUCCUCGCCUCGGUCCUCCUCGUGAAACCGAAUCGCCCACUCGUCGCUCCCAAGCCGGAUUUCCCUCUUCAUCAGGCGAUCAGCGGCUACGCAACCGGCGCAGAAGGGAAAGGGUUUCGCGGUGGAAUCCGACGAUCAACAGUAGACUUCCUUCAGGUUUUAGAAUGAUUGAACUUUGAUUUUGUCAUUUGUACCAGAGAAGAAUGGUGCUAGUUCUAGCCAUUGGUGAUCUCCACAUUCCUCACCGGGCUGCAGAUCUGCCCCUGAAAUUUAAGUCCAUGCUCGUGCCUGGGAAAAUUCAACACAUCUUGUGUACUGGAAAUCUGUGUAUCAAGGAAGUUCAUGAGUACUUGAAAAGCCUUUGCCCAGACUUGCAUAUUACUCGAGGUGAGUAUGAUGAAGAUGCUCGUUAUCCAGAAAACAAGACUCUCACUAUAGGUCAAUUUAAGCUUGGGCUUUGCCAUGGUCAUCAGAUUGUCCCAUGGGGUGACUUGGAUUCAUUAGCCAUGCUUCAGCGGCAAUUGGAUGUGGAUAUCCUUGUGACUGGACAUACUCAUCAAUUCAAGGCCUACAAGCAUGAGGGUGGUGUCGUCAUAAAUCCUGGCUCUGCAACUGGUGCAUAUAGCAGCAUUACCUACGAUGUCAACCCGAGUUUUGUACUGAUGGACAUCGAUGGCCUUCGCGUGGUGGUCUAUGUCUAUGAGCUGAUUGAUGGAGAGGUUAAGGUGGACAAAAUCGACUUCAAAAAGACUGCUGCUACCCAAUCUGCUCAUUGAUUUUUCAUGUUAACCUAGAAUAUGGCGUUCUGUAAGGGCUUGCUUGAAUGUGCUGACGUAUCGGUUAUGUGAUUGAACAUGAACUAUGGAUGGUGAACUUUCUCAAUUUGGUUUCAUAAGUUCAUUUUGUAGUCUGAAGGUGUACGAAGCUCCACUUGUCGUUUUAAGGUGUUCCACUUUCUUUUCUUUCAGCAGGGAGCUUGUGGAUACAGAGUUAUUAUAUCAAUAAUUAGAAAGUGAAUGGUUGUUUAAA